UGCUUUUACGAUCCGGCCAGUUGUCGUCAAGCACACAGUUUUACAGUUAAAUUGAAUACACACAGUUUUAGUUACACUUUGUUAAAUAUGAAUAAAAUUGUUAGCUAUUGGUAUAAGGGCGACGCGUGCCAGGCGGCGGGCGUGAUCAGUCCAGAGGAGAGCGAAAUACUGAGCUCCAGCGGAAUUGUUGAUGAAACUGUUUCGACAGAGGAGCCUGAUCUGGAUCUGCCCUACCAGCAACUGGAGGCGAUUAAGCAGCGUCUGAAGGAAAUGCGAGCCAAGCUGAUAUACACACCGGCCGAUCCGUGCGAGCAGGAAGACGACGGCACUCCGCCCGGCGAGCCAGCUGACUUCCUCACCCAGAAGCAAAUCCAAUUGCAGCAGCUGCGUCGCAGCAAUUGCCUGUUGCGCUGCCAGCUGCAGAGUCGUGUGCAGCAUUUGCAUAGAGCACGCAAAGAGCUGCUCCUGGUGGAGAAUAUGCGCUGUCAGCUGAACAAAAUGCUGGACAAGAUGGUCAACGAGAUGAACAUCUUGGAGGAGUUCAAAGUCUCGACACAGCAUCACUUCGGGCUCUGCAUCGAACGGAGCGAGCAGAUCAAGAUGAGCAAAAUUGACACCCAUGACUUCGGUGAACUGCUGAAUGAGAAGACCCUACGUAUGAUGGGUCGUGUGCGUCCGCUGGUGCCCCUCCGUUGCCAUUUGCACGUGCGAUACAAUCUGAAUGUGGAGCUCAUACUCUUACGCAUCUUUCUACAGUCGCUCUUUGGCAAGUUCUCUGAGGACUGGAAGUUAUGCAUGCGCAUCAAGUAA